AUGGUUGGCCAAUCUUCCCAUAGGAAGUCCUUUAUUGAUUCUUCAAUAAAAACAGCAAGAUUAUAUGGGUUUGACGGCUUAGAUUUUUGUUGGGUUUCUGCAAGUACUGGCUCAGACAUGGCCAACAUAGCCAACCUUUUCGACGAAUGGCGAACAGCUAUAGAAUCCGAAUCCAGAAACUCUAGCAAUAAUAAUACACAACUUAUUUUAACAAUGGCUGUUCAGUACUCACCAUAUCUUGAUGCUACAAGGAGUGAGCAAAACACAGAUUAUGGUAUAAAUGCUUGGAUAAACAGUGGAUUAUUAACUGACAAGCUGGUUUUGGGUUUGCCUUUCUAUGGUGGAUUAUUAACUGACAAGCUGGUUUUGGGUUUGCCUUUCUAUGGGUAUGCAUGGACACUUGUGAGCCCAAACAACAGUGAAAUUGGUGCACCAGCAAAGGGACCAGCCAUUACUGAAGAUGGGUCAAUGAGCUGUAAGGAUAUCAAAGGGUACAUUCAAAGAUAUGGAGCUGUUUCAAUGUAUAAUGCAACUUAUGUGGUGAAUUACUGCACCAUUGGAUCGACUUGGAUUGGUUUUGAUGAUGUUGAGGUUGUCAAAAUUAAGGUUGCUUAUGCUAAGAAGAGGAAUUUAAUUGGCUACUCUNUGUUUCAAUGUAUAAUGCAACUUAUGUGGUGA